AUGCGAAAAAUUCAAGCAGAGUUACCAUACCAGUGUAUGCUAGCGGUUCCAAGUAUUCAUAGAAGCGGUGGGUUAGCCCUAUUUUGGAUGGAGGAGAUAGACUUGCAUAUCCAAAAUUUCACUCUUCAUCACAUUGAUGCUCUCAUAUUCAAUGGCUCAAAUACCUCAUGGAGAUUGACAAGUUUCUAUGGUUGGCCGGAUGGACACAGUAAACAUGAGUCAUGGCAGUUACUCAAGCACCUUCACACUAGAAGUUUGGCUCCUUGGAUUUGUGUUGGGGAUUAUAAUGAGAUCAUGGCAUCAAACGAGAAGCAAGGCGGAUUACCAAAACCAUUGAACCAGAUGCAGGUUUUUCAAGCUACACUCCUACAUUGCGGACUGGUGGACUUGGGCUUUCAAGGUAAUAUAUUUACUUGGAAUAAUGGUAGACUUAGAAAUGCAUUUGUGCAGGAACGGCUUGAUAGAGCAUGUGCCACGGUCGAGUGGAAGGAAAUCUUUACAGCAGCUCGUGUGACUCACCUUCAACCAUCUUAUUCUGACCAUGUGCCAAUCCUUAUCACCACACAUGAUACAAACCAGCUGAAUAGGAGGAGAAAGAUACCAAAACGAUUUGAAGAAAAGUGGGCCACCAAAUUCGAUUGUGAGAGAGUAAUUCAAGAAGCAUGGAUUAUCGAAGUGGAGCAUGGCAGCCCUAUGUCAAUUCUUUUUGAGAAAAUCAAAAAAACCAGAUUUGCUUUGGUUAACUGGAGCCGUGCAGCAUUUGAUAGCUCGAAAAUAGUAAUUCAGGAAAAACAAAAACAAUUGGAGGCCCUAUGCUCCCUUAAUAGUGCUGAUCAAUUACCUGCAAUUAAGGGAUUAAAAUUCGAGAUAAAUGAUUUGCUGCAUCAGGAGGAAUUGGCAUGGUGCCAACGGUCCCGAUCCAUUUUGCUACCGGCUGGUGACAAAAAUACGAAGUUCUUUCAUCAAAGGGCUAGUCAUCGAAGACGCAAAAACCAGAUCUUGGGGAUUUUUGAUGAAGAAGGUAACUGGAAUACUACGGAGGGGAGCAUAGCCCAAACUGCAGAGCACUAUUUUCAACACCUCUUCACCUCUUCCAACCCAGAAGACAUUGAAGGAGUACUAAAUUCGGUGGAUAGACGGGUCUCCCGAAGUAUGAAUGCCUCUCUUCUUCAAUGGUAUACUCCAGAGGAGGUUAGAGAGGCCCUAUUCCAAAUGCACCCAUCCAAGUCACUGGGCCCCGAUGCAUAUGAAUUACUUCAUAGGUUGCGAAACAGGAGGAAGGGAAGGAAGGGACAGAUGGCGGUGAAGCUGGACAUUAGCAAAGCCUAUGAUAGGGUGGAAUGGGUCUUCUUACAACAAAUGAUGGUGAAAUUGGGCUUUGCUCCUUCUUGGGUCCAGUUGGCAAUGGAGACGGUGACCACAGCUUUGUACCCAGUUCUAAUAAAUGGAGAGCCAAAGGGUUUUAUCACUCCUACUAGGGGGAUACGACAAGGUGACCCUCUCUCACCAUAUCUAUUCCUCAUGUGUGUGGAAGGCCUUUUAGCCCUAGUGAGAAAAGCAGGGGAGACCGGAGGGUUAAAAGGAAUCAAAUCUAGCCAAAAUGGAGUAUGGGUAUCUCACCUCCUCUUUGCCGACGAUAGCCUUUUAUUUUGUCAAGCAACAAUGGAGGAAAGCCAAAAACUAUUACAAUUGUUGGCACAAUAUGAGGCUGCAUCCGGUCAAGCAAUCAACAGAAAAAAGACUUCCCUCUUUUUUAGCAAGAACACGAAGCCGGAGGUAAAAGAGCAAAUAAAACAACUAUUUGGGGCAAGAGUUAUGACAGAAUGUGAAAGAUAUCUUAGGUUGCCAAUGGCCACGGGUACAUCAAAGGUUAACACCUUUAAAGAUUUACAAGAAAAAAUCACCAAGAGAGUCAUGGGAUGGAAAGAAAAAACUAUUUCAAAGGCAGGAAGAGAAGUUCUUAUCAAAAUGGAGGCCCAAGCAAUACCUACAUACUCCAUGAGUCUAUUCAAACUACCAUCUUCCAUUUGCAACAACAUCAAUUCCAUGAUGGCCAAAUAUUGGUGGGGUCAAAACCAAGAUGAACAGAGGAUACACUGGAUCAACUGGACGAAACUGUGCACUGCAAAGAAGGAAGGAGGACUGGGUUUUCAUGAUCUUCAUGCUUUUAACCUAGCUAUAUUGGCAAAGCAGGCAUGGAGAUUAAUCGAGGAAAAUCAUUCUUUGUUUUACAGAGUGUACAAGGCACGUUAUUUCCCAAACUCAUCUUUCAUGAUGGUUGAGCUAGGGAAUAACCCCUCCUUUGAGUGGCGCAGUCUAUUAUCAGCAAGGGAUGUCAUUAAGGAAGGCACUAGGUGGAAAGUUGGAGAUGGCCGUAGCAUUGGAGUAUUCACACACUCAUGGCUAUCACACACCCCUGUAACACGAAUUGAAGUACCACCAGAUAUGAAGGUUUGUGAGCUAAUAGACCAAGACACAAGACAGUGGGACUGGGGAAAAGUAGCUGCCAUGUUCACUGCCCAAACCAGGGAUGAAAUCCUCUCCUUGCCACUCAACAACACUAAUGGCCAUGACUCUGUUAUUUGGAUGGAAAACAGGGCAAAAAAAUUUACGAUGAAAUCAGCAUACAAGGUGGCCUAUAGACUACGACAUCAUCACAAAGCAGAGCACCCAGUAGCCAGAAUCCACGGAUCCACUUGGAACAUGAUCUGGACGCUAAACGUGCCGCCAAAAGUGCGCACCUUUAUACGGAGAGCUUGCUCAAAUUGCUUGCCUACACGGGACAAUCUACACAGCCGUAGAGUGAGCAUAGACCGAACUUGCGAAAUGUUUAAACAGGAACCCGAGACCACCUCCCAUGUACUUUGGACUUGCCCAUUUGCAAGGAAUGUAUGGGCUCUGGUCAGAGGAAGAAUUCAGAAGAGCAGCAACGGUGUAGACGAUUUUUUCCUCCUAUUUAGACAGAUGCAAACAAAAGUAAGCAAGCAAGAACUGGAAUUAUGGGCGACCACGGCCUGGGCAAUAUGGAACGCACAAAAUAAGAUGAUCUUCGAACAGUUCCAGACCCACCCAAAGGUAAUCCUAGAAGGGGCGACGGGCUUGCUUGAAGAAUAUCAAAGUCUGAUGGAAACACAAAGGAUAGAUUGA